AGCAGCUCCUCUACAGCUCAGGUGGCCCAGGGCAACCUACCUCUAGCAGAGGAGGCCAAGCGAGAUCGGCGAGCGCGCCGGCACCGGAGGAGAGAUGGCGCGGCGGUCGCCUCGCCGGCCGUUGUCGGGACGGUAGCCCUCAUGGCGCUCGUGUACUACUCCACGCUCUUCGUCUUCCUGGACCACUGGCUCGGCCUCGCCACGCCGGCCGGCGCCGCCCACGCGGCCGCCGUUUCGCUCGCCGUCGUCGCGUGCUUCUUCGCCUUUGUGUGCGCCGCGGCUGCCGACCCGGGCUCCGUUCCCGCCUCCUUCGCACCCGACGCCGAAGCUGCGCAGGGACAGCGGGGGUUGGAAUCAAGGUAUUGUGAUAAAUGUUGCAUGUUCAAGCCUCCUCGAUCCCACCAUUGCAGGGUCUGCAAAAGGUGUGUUCUGAAAAUGGAUCAUCACUGUGUCUGGAUCAACAACUGCGUGGGAUAUGCUAACUACAAAGCCUUCAUCAUCUGUGUCCUAAAUGCAACUAUCGGGUCUCUUUAUUCAUUUGUGAUAUUUCUGUGUGAUCUCUUUCUCAAAGAGCAUGAGUUUGAUGUUCUUUAUGUGAAGAUAGUAUAUAUCUUGGCUGGUGUCCUGUUAUUCUUCUUAAGCUUGACAAUAGGUUCUCUAUUAUGCUGGCACGUCUAUCUUUUGUGUCAUAACAUGACAACCAUAGAGUACCGGGAGGCAGUAAGAGCGAAGUGGCUUGCAAAGAAGAGCGGGCAGAAAUAUCGCCACCGGUUCGAUCUUGGCAUGAGGAAGAACAUUCAAAUGAUCCUGGGUCCGAACAUUCUUUGCUGGCUUUGCCCUACUGCGACAGGGCAUUUGAAGGAUGGCAUCGAGUUCCAAAUCACAAACAACUGACGGGAUGCACCAUCAGCAUUGCCAGUCGCCUCGUACUGCCAUGUAGAUUUACAAGUCAGUUUGUUUUGUUACCAAAUGGCUCAUAGUCCUGUUCCAUUGGCUUUGCUGCCAGCCAGGGCAUCUGUAGAAAUCUUCAGAUCUCCCCCAAUAUUGUAACAGCAUGUAAAGUUUCCUCCCCGCCGUCCCAUCUCCAUGUAUAUUUGAUGACUGUUUGUUCAAUUUUAUUGAGUAUGUGUAGAGAUGUUUUGAGUUUGAUCAAAUGUACUGAUACAUUGGAUGUGAAGUUACUUUGAACGUGCUACAAAUUUUCCCCAAAUUGUAUGGGAUAUGAACAUAGUGUAUGAGUAGAGUUGUUUUGGGCUUGAAA